AUGUUGGAUUCUAAUAAAUUUUCAUCAUCCGAAAAACAAUUGAACAUAUCUGAAACUUGGAAUUGGGCAAAUUAUGAUAAUACUAAUCAUAAUGGUAAUGGUGUCAGUAGUACAUUAACUCCACAAUGGAAUUCUAAUAUACCCGCAUAUAUAAUAGAUCAGACAACUUUGAAUAAUACAUCUAUGAAUAUCAUUUAUUCAACUACAUUAUCAACUAUAAACAAUAAUGUAAAUUCAUAUAAACCCGCAUAUUCAACUAAAUUGUAUCAUACAUAUCAGGGUAAUAUUGAACAGAAUAAAUGUUUAACUAAUUUCCCUAAUUCAAAUCAUAUACAUUUACCAUCUAUUGAAUCUGUUAGAAGAUUAACAUAUAAUAACAAUAAUUUGAAUCAUAGUUAUAAUAAUGAAUCCUACUCAACAUGUUACUAUGAUCAUCAACAUAAACUUGAAUACACCUUACCACCAAUUACUUAUCCUAAUAUUGAACAAUAUGAAACAGAUUUAAGAAACUUAACCAAAACUAAUGAAUUGAAUCAUACUACUACUCAUAAUAAUAAUAAUCUUGAUCAAAUUGUUGAUUAUCUUCCAGUAAUUCAUACAGAUACUACUACUAAUUAUUUAGUAAGUUCAACACCAAAUCCAUUGAUUCAUUUAAAUCAAAUUGAUCAAUAUAAUUUGAUAACACACAAUGAAUUGAAAGGGAAUGAUAACAGUUCCAAUAUCAUUCAUGAUAAUAAGAAUAUAAUUGAUGAAUCGAAAGACAAUUCCAGUUUAACUGUCCAACAACAUUUAUGGGAUAUAAAGGAUUUGAAAUUACCAAAAGUUAAUUAUUAUGAUUCAUAUGAAUUAUGGCCAACUGGACAUUGUAGACGUGUAUAUGCUCAAACAUGUGAACGUGCACGACGACAUCAAAGUGGUUGGGCUAUGCGUAAUACAAAUAAUCAUAAUCCUCAAGUAUUAAAAAAAUCAUGUCUUGGUGUAUUAGAAUGUUCAAUGAAUUGUAUGGUACAAGGUAAACCAUUAAGUUUACGUCCAGCUAUAUGUGAUAAAGCAAGAAAGAAACAAUGCAAUCGUGAAUGUAUUACACCUGGUUGUAAAGGUCGUUUAAUUCUACGUAACUGUCGUGGUCAUAGCGGUUAUCCUGUGACACAUUUUUGGCGUUUUGCUAAUGGUGCUGUUUAUUUUGAAGCAAAAGGUGAACAUGAUCAUAAUCGUCCAUCAUUGAAAACUUUCGGUUUAUCUGAAACUGAUACAGUUACUACUAAUACUACCACUAUUCCAAACACAAUGAAUCCUAACGUUACAACGGCAACUACUCCUACCACUGUUGAUAACUCAGUCACAGGAAUAACAACAACAACAAUACCAACGCCACUAUCACCGGAUAUCAAGAGGGAUCUGAAUCAUCUUACUAAUCAUAACAACAAUAUUCAAUAUAUUCAUCAUCAAAAUCCUCACCCCCAUGAUCAGUUACCACCACUACCACCACCACCACAACAACAACAGGGAUGUCAUGACUAUGGAUUCCUUCCACAAUAUGAACAAUCAUUAUCCAAUGAAUUUUGUAACUAUUAUACUUAUCCAUCAUCAGAUUAUAUAAAUUUAAAUAUAAAAACCAAUGAAAAUCAUUUACACAUAGAUAAUUCUCCUUUAAUAAGUAAAACAAAACAUAUUGGCAAGCGUGGUACAAAUAGAAAAGGGAUACGUCGUGAAAAGAAGUUAACAAAUACAUACUUAAAGAAACAACAGAAAUAUGAAAAUUAUUACAAAAAAUUAUCUAAUGAAUCCAACUGUACAUUGAACGAUAUCAAAAGAAAUCGAAAAAAUCAACAGAAUACAAAAUCAGAUCAAAUCAACAAGUUUAAGAUUCCUAUUAAAACUGAUGAAAAUGAUAAUGAUCCAAUUUUCUAUGAUGAUCCAUUUCAUGGUGACACAAUUCAUAAUGGUUACCCAAUGAAUAUCCUUAAUAAUAAUUCAUGGAACAAUGAGAUGAUGAAUCAAAUCGAUUCAAGCUUGAAUCAAUCAACUGAUAAGGAACAGUACAACACCACUGAGAUUAAUACAAUGAAUUAUCCUUAUUAUUCCGAUCCCCAUUUUACAACUACAUCAUUACCAUCAUUGCCAUCAUCAUCACCAUCAUCAAUAACUAUGACGACAGUGAGUCGACAUCAAUCAUCAUUACCAUUUUGGAAUUCUAUACAAGAUUUAGAUAGUUAUUCAUCAACUCAUCAUAAUUCAAAUAAUUACAUCACAAAUACCAUAAUCUCUACCAUGUAUUCAUCACCGAAUUGGUCAUUAUCACCAUCUAUAUUGUCAAGUUCUUCUUCUUUAUCAUCUUCAUCUGUAUCAUAUUCCAAUUGUAUCACUUGUGCAUUAUCAUUGCCAUCAUCAUUGUCGUUAUACUCUACAAAUAUAUCUACAUCAUUCAGUAAACAAAUCCUUCCAAAUUCUACUGAAGUCAAUCAAUGUUAUCCUUUGACAACAUCUCCAUCCAAUUUAAAUGGUAAUGAAUCCUUUUUUAUACAAUAUAAUAAUUGUUCAUAUUUAAACAAACCUAAAUAUUUAUCAUCUUCAUAUAAUGAAUAUCCACAGAGUGUACUGAUCAAUUCAAUGUACCGGGAAAAUGAUGAGAGUAAUCCAGUACAGUUUAAUGAUAAUGAUAUAAAUGAUGAAGUCUGUCAUUCUACACCACAACAAUCAACAUAUAUAGAUGAUUAUCAUUAUUAUUAUUAUUACUAUUAUUAUUCUAAUCCAUGUUUGUCAAUGUCAGAUCAAAUAGUUUCAUCUGAUUCUACUAAUACUACUACUAGUACUAUUACUAUUAGUAGUAUUAGUAGUGAUAAUACGGAUACUAAUACUACUUUUUCUACAAGAUCUGUCAAUAAUUAUCUUAUGGAAAAUCUCAAUUCAAGCCACGGAGGACAACAUUAUCAACAGCCACCACCACAACAACAACAACAACCGACUGUUCAAUGUUCAAUGAAUGAUAUUAUCGAUCAACGGACAGAACAGAGGAUAACUGAAAGUAUGGAAUUUAUAAAUCAAGAUGAAUAUGAUAUUGAUAAAUCAUUCAAUUAUUAUCAUUUUCUAUUCAAUUCAAAUAUGCAUGAACCAAUGAAUAUGAAUUGUUUUAAUGAAUCCGAUAAAUAUGGAAUAGUGAAAGAGAUUAACAAUGAGAUUAACAAUCAUUAUGUACAUGAAAAUAUUAAUGAAAACAGUUUACAUGAAGAAGAAGAAGAUGAUGAUGGGGAAGAAGAAGAGGGUGAAGAAGAAGAAGAAGAACAGGUGGAAGAUACUCGCUACAAUCAUCCAUCACCAUUUCCUCCACCUCAGCAUCAUCAUCAUCAUCACUAUCAACAAAAGGACGAAAUCAUUUUUAAUCAAAAUCUACUAGAAGAAACAACCAACUGGUCCAAUUCAUAUUUACAUAAUUCUUCAUUAUUACCAUCAUCAUCAUCAUCAUCGUCAUCGUCAUCAUCAUCGAAGGAACAAAUCAGUCAGUUUGAACAAGAUCUAACAAUAGACGGUGUUAAACGUCAUAAUUUUGAAGAAUGUUUACCUCGAACUAGCAAUGCUUCUAUUAUGAUUACUACUACUACUAGCAAUCAUACUACUUGUAAUGAUAAUAUUGGUACUACUAAUAAUAGUAAUAAUAAUGAUAAUCAAUAUUUGAUUGAUUAUAAUUUCCCCUGUGACAUUCAUCACUAUAAUAAUUCAUUGAAUUAUUUCAUUGUAAAUGAACCGGUAACUGUAACUUUCGAUCAAUUAUUGAUUAAUAAUUCACAUUUUUGAUCUAUUUUAGUGAUCCUUAUAUUGAUUAUUAUUAUUCUGAUCAGUAUUGUUUUUGAUCCGAUAAAAUUUUUUCUCUUGGCAACAACAAUUUGGUCUCUCCAUUAUUUCUGUUUGGGUUCUUUUAUUAUGAUUCGUCUUCCAUGACUGUUUUUUUUCUUUUUUUUAACCUUGAAAAUUCAAUUUAACCGGUGAAAAAAGUUUGUAAUUUUGUUUUAUUAUUGUUUAUAGUACUUUUUUUAUUUACAUUUUUUUCUUGAAAAUUCAUACUGACCUGUGAUCAAUUCUUUACAAUGUUCAAUAAUAAAUUGAAUUUGAAAUUUGA